CUUCAAGACAAAGUGAAGGAACGCGUCUGAACCCGGAAGUGCCCACGCGUCGUCUGCAUGGGUGAGAGGUUAGAGGUUAGGUCACCAACAUGGCGGCGCCAGGUGAGAAACAGGCGGCCAAAUCUUUACAAGAUGAAGAAGAGGCAGUUACCCAGGUGUACGCGACCCUCGGGGUGGCCCUGGUUGUCGUGGUGAUCGGCGUGCCGCUCUGGUGGAAGACUACCGAGGUGUACCGGGCUUCGCUGCCGUACGCAGAUAUAGGGGAGCUGAAGGGGACACAGGUCAUCUACAAGGUCGGGGUGGAGUUUGUCCUGCCUGUACAGACCCAGCCUCAGGACCUGCUGGACUGGAGGGAACAGGUGGAUCAACACCUGGACACAGGUACAGUGUACAGUCCCAUCUCACCCCACUACGACAUCAAGGUCCGCACCACCAACAAGGAGGAACGAACUGUCAUCAACCAGCAAGGCUCUAUGGAAGACCUGGAAGCAAGUCUGACCCAGCUGAAGCCCCCAGGCGUAGGCAGCUGUACCCUGUACCUCCUGUGGACCACAGUCUACCUGGAAGCAAGUCUGACCCAGCUGAAGCCCCCAGACGUAGGCAGCUGUACCCUGUACCUCCUGUGGACCACAGUCUACCUGGAAGCAAGUCUGACCCAGCUGAAGCCCCCAGACGUAGGCAGCUGUACCCUGUACCUCCUGCCUAAGGACAGUAGUCUGGAGGCGCAGGCUUACAUUGGCCGGCACAGGACUGCCUUUGUCAAGUCUUCAGGAGACGUCUCCCGAGACGUGCGGAUCUCGGCACACCUGGUGAGGUCUUACUUUGUGAAUGACGAGAGACUGAAAAUCGCUUUCACUUCGGCAACCGGAGCGCAGCAUGACAAGGAGAAUAUUGCUAAAGAACAGAUGCGUGCCUUCAAGACCAACAUGGGGUACGAGGUGACCUUUAGCCUGUUGAACCCUGACCCGAGUGUGCUGGAUGUCCAAUGGGACGUAGAGGCAGGGACGGCCAGCUACCUGAACCCCUUCCUGGACAGGCUGGCCGAUGUCGCAGAGUUUAAAGUUUUCUCACAGGUGCUGUACUAUGUUGACCUGACAGUUCGCCCGGCCCGUGACGAGCGCACAGCGUCCUACUGCCUGACACCCGACCAGCUGCCACACACCAUCAACCCAGUGGAGGCAAAGCUAGGCUCCCACGUGUCCACAUAUCCCAGCGUGCACUUCCUGGUGUACGUCCCAGAACGGGGUCAUUCUCCUCUCUACAUUCACAAUGAGGACGGCAUGGAGUCAGAAACAAACGCGUUCUUCAGCCCUCGCUGGGGCGGGAUGAAGAUCGUGAACGUGGCGUCCCCGCCAAAGAACGCCUCCCUCCCGCACACUGUGACCCUUGACCUGCUCCCCGUCAUGGAGACCUUCCUCUCGCACCUGCGCCUGUUGCUAGGCAUGGCCCAGUUGCCGCCCGACCCGUGGAUCGUGGUGGAGCCAGCAGACAACACCGCCAUCACAGACUGGGAAUAUGACCACCUCCUGCGGGUGCGAACAGUAGAGAACCUUGCCACGGCAACAGCCACCCUGGCGUCGCUCUCGCAGCUCCUCGGAGAGAUCGGCAACAUCGUGAUCAACGACGACAUCGCCUGGCAGGUCUACCUGGCUGUGGACGCUAUCAGGAAGGCACAGCUCCUCCUAGCAACUGGGGAGCUAACUGCAGCUUUCCAGGCCUCCAAAGAAGCCAUACUCUCUUCAGAAAAGGCAUUUUUCGACCCAUCACUACUGGAGCUGCUGUAUUUCCCAGAGGACCAGAAGUUCGCCAUCUACAUCCCCCUGUUCCUGCCCAUGAGUGUUCCUGUUCUCAUGUCUCUGUUCCAGGCUUUCAGGUGGUACAAGAAAAGGCAACAACAGGAAGGAAAAACUAACCAGGAGAAAGAGAAAGAAGGAAUAAAAGAAGCUCAAAAAGAAGAAACAGAAGAAGACGAUGACAGCGAAGCAGAAGAGAAGAAAUCUCCCAAGGGAAAGAAGCAGUCAAGAAAGGAAAGAUGAUGAAAACUUUGUCUAGUUUGUUUGUUCAUUUGGUUGAAGCAUUUUGUUCUUGUUCACAGUUCCACUUUGUGUAAAUAUUGGUGGUGCAGAAAACUGCAGAAUCUGUUAUUUUUUCUAUUCAUGAAUGCAAUUUUCAUGCAUUUUGGGGUAAUAUCAUCUACUUUUUAUUUGCAAAAUCAUUUACCUUGAUUCCUGUUUGGUA